AUGAAGAACCAAGUGAAUACAGAAGAUAUUUUGAACACUUUUCCUUUAGAGAAGGUAGCUUGCUAUUUGAAGAGUUCGUUAGAUUUAUUGGAGGCUGCACAAGCACAAUGGAAUAGUGAGAAAGAUGCACUUUUAAACGAGAUUAGUAGGUUAAGGCUAGAGAAUAGAACUUUAAGAAUUCAGGUACAUGAAUAUAAUGUAGAUGGAGAAGAAAUGAAGAUUUCUAUGCAGAGAUCUGGAAUAUCUAUGAACUCUACUAAUAUAAGCAAUUCUACAUCAUUAUCUCAAAAUAGAUAUCACUCAGCUGCAAGUAAUAAAACUCCUGAGGGAUUUAUAGAUACAUCAUAUAAUUGUGGAGAAUAUUUUAAAUCUCCGAAUAGAACGAAUUCACAGAUAUGCAAGGUUCGGAGAAUUCAAUUAAAAAGUCCAGAAGAACCAUCUUCACCAACAGCUCAAUAUAAUAAUGAAUUAAAACAAAAAUGUGAACCAAAAACAAUAAAGUACAGAGAAAUUGGUAGAGUAGAAAAUCGAUGUAAUCUUCCGGCAUAUGAGUGUGUGGAAUGUACAAAAUUCUACAAUGCAUUUGAUUCAGAUACAAAGAAUAAGGCUGAUACAAAUAAGUUAUAUAAAUCAUUCUCUUCAAUUGCUUGCUCUCAUAACAUGAAAGAAUCUAUGUUGGCUUCAUCAGGCAAGCAUAGGUAUCUCUAUGCACCUACGAAAUCUCCUCCUGGAUAUUGGGAUUUGGAUAUGUAA